AUGGACGCCUUUGUGCGUAGAGCAACGGCCUCGUCUACGCCUCGAGAACCCCUGGCUGACAUCUCGAACUCGGGUGAAAUGCCUGGCCGCCCUGCAAAGAGGUUGAGAGUCGAGGGCUCCAGACAAGAUAAUAGCGACUUUGAGGAUGAUGAGGAAACCUCCGACGCGUCAAUUCGCAAACCAGUCAAGCAGCCUGUGGAAGCGCCUCCAAGGCGCACAAGGGAAGUGAUACCGGACUCCGAGGACGAGGACGAGGACGAGGACGACCACGAUAUUUCAACCAACCAUCAUGAAACGGCCCUUGAAAGCGUUCUGCCUCAUAUCAAGGCUGAUGCGGACGCAAUUGAGGAGUACGAAGCCAUGAGAGCCUCUCAACUAAGUGCCGAGGACACAAAAGACGCCCAGCACGAGUCUGAUGUCGACCGGAGGAAGUGGGUCAGGGCCAAAAGCUCCAUCUACGUCGACGCCUUCAAUCUUGCUCUUGACACUGUGCUCGAAGACGAGGCCCAUUUGUUCGAUCAGAGAGAGAUGGCUGUUUUUGGACAGUGGCGCAGUCUAAACUAUGAGGCUCAGUAUCUCUACGUCCGUCUGUUUCUGCGCAAAGUCGCUGCGUGGCACCGACACGACAAGCUCGGUUACUACAGCGAUAUUUCGGAUCCUGAAGUUGCUAUCGAAACAUUGCAGCGGCGUCAUACUUUGCCUGCAGAGAGGGAAAGCGCUAGUUCGGAUCGUGACGGUGACAGUCACGGUGAAGUUGCUGGCGUCGCCCUACAAGACUGGUCCCUCGGGGAUACCUUCACCUUCGCAGACUCAUCCGAUGAAUGCAUCACCUCGGUUGAUGAAGCUGCCGCUCUGCUGAGUUUGGAUGAACUCAAGACUUUAGCCAAGGAGGCUAAGGUCCAGGGCAAAAAUAAGAGUGAUAUCUUGAGAAAUUUGCUGCGCAUGAGCUCGCGGCAAAGUGGUCUCUUGUCGGUGGGACUGCGCCGGGAGAGCACAUCUGGGUCAAUGGACUCUGCUGGUCGCGAGACAGGCAGCGAAACCCCUGAUCCUGAUCCCAAGCAAGACUCAAAUCGCAAUCAACACUUCCUAGCCAAGAUUGUGGCCAUCACAGGGCCUUGCAUCAGGAUUUCGCCCCCAGUUUUCAAGCUUUUUGAACGAGUGCAUCUUGUCUUCUAUCGGUCGACGGAAUGGACAGAGAAGUCCCUGACCACCAUUAUCCUGGCCAAAAUCUCAAGACGAAACUUUCCGCAGUACAUUGUCGACCGAACAUCCAACAUCUUCCCCGACCGCCGGAGUCUGCUGGAAUUCGAGCAGGCAAUGCGACUGGAAUUUGAGGUCGAUCAGAUUCUCGAGUUCAACGGACCCCCAGGGGAUGAAGGCUACCGACGUGUGCUUGAAAUUUUUGACAGCAUCACUGCUCGCUGGCGAGGGCUUCUGAAAGAGGAAGAACGCAAAGAAAAUCAAGUGUACGAGUUUGGAGAAGGCGCCUACCUCCGCCGCCUGAAUGCCGCACAUGCGUACACGAGAAUCGCGCACAAGGCAGCGUACGUCUACGGUCGUUUGCAUGAAUAUUUGGAAGAACAUGCUCUCCUCACCGAGCUCCUGAACCAGCGCUUCUUCCAGAUGGCUCGGCGCGGAUCAUGGUAUCAGCGCAAAGCCCUGCUGGAAGAGCAUUACAUGUGGGAACAGAAACCUGACCCCAAUAUUACUGACCAGGAGCAACAAAAGAAACACUGGCGCCGAAUAGCUGUUGCGACCUGUGAGGCUGCCUUGGAGGACCGCGAUUGCCAUCUCAUUUACCACUUUGAUUUACAGAAGCGCCUGACCAAGCUGGAAAAGCGCAUUCGCAUCCCUAAGCGCCUUCAGCAUGAUUUUGGCCACGUCCGCCUGCAUAAACCCGAAGAACACAAUGUCAUAGGGAUCCAAAUUAAGCGGGAUGAUCCCACAGCCGGUAAGCGUGGUGGGACGAGCACCAAGACAAUCUGGGUAGACGAGGCCGAAGGCGGCGGCGAGUGCAGCGUCGAGGAGAUGUGCUUGUCUUACUACCGCGGCGAGGGCUGGAAGGGUUACCAUUCCGAGGGCGGCAUUUUAAGGACUCUUUUUGCAUAUCUUUUCUACGAUAUUCUGUUCCUAUACAUCCCGAACGUAUUCCAAACAGCAUAUCAAACCUGUCCGCUGGACUUGCACACCGACGCCUUUUACCCGACUCGAGCCUCCGAGAUCAACCACCGCCUCGCUGAGAUCUCCAACGGCGACGCCACGCGCAUUAUCCGAGAGGUCGACGCCGAGCACCGCGAGAGGAGGACGUGCGUGGUGGGGCUAAACUGGGACUACGAGCUGGAGGACCUCGUAGAGCUCGCGGGCUGCUUCCGAGGCGAUGCCCUCGCCGCCGUGUGCAAGGUCAUGGCGCAGGAGUACAGGCAGAGGGGCGGCGGCGUCCCUGACCUCGUGCUCUGGCGGACGGAGCCGGAGCGGGAGUGCAUGUUUGCCGAGGUCAAGAGUGCGAAUGAUCGGUUGAGUGAUACCCAACGGCUAUGGAUUCAUGUUCUGACUGGUGCUGGAGAGGAAGACACUUCAGGAGGAUGGACAGGACCACACACCUGCGCUGGAGAUUACUGCGUCUACGCACAUCAGGCCUUCGCCGCCGGCCGGGGCAUAGCACUGAUAACCACGCCGGAAUCCGCACAAGCCCUAGCCAACUUGCCAGUCUUCUCCGAGCUGGCAAGCCCAGCCGCGGCUGCAUCUUUCGUCGAGUCCGCAAACAUCAACGUCCGCAGCCCGGCAACCGAGGUGCGGUAUAUCCCGGGUAAAGGCAGAGGUUUUGCGGCAGCGCAGGCCAUCCACCGAGGAACACAGGUCAUGGCGUACACGCCCGCUCUGAUCCUCCACCGGAACCUGGUCGAUGAUCUGGGACGAGCAGACCAGCUCCGGCUCCUGCGCGACGCCGUGAGCCACCUCCCCGCAGCGACGACACGCGCCGCGUUCUGGAAGCAGCUGGGCCAGACCCACGCGGAAGGCGACGACGACAUCCUCGACAUCGUCAUGAACAACUCGUUCAACCUGCCCCUCCUCCCGGGGACGGGACUGGGCCCGUUCAUCGGCAACUUCCCCGAGGUGUCGAUGUACAACCACGACUGCCGGCCCAACGUGGCGUUCCACCUGGACCACGGAAUCAUCCACCGCACCACGGCGGCCAGCAAGGGCGGCGUCCCGGCCGGCGAGGAGUUGAGCAUCUCUUACGUGGACGGAUUCCGAGUGCGUGACGUGCGGCAGGCGCGCACGCUGCGCAACUGGGGCUUUGCGUGCGCGUGCGCGCAGUGCAGCCUCCCCGGGGCGCUGGCCAACGCGAGCGAUAACCGCUUGUGGCGGCUGUACGAGGUCGAGAAUACGCUUCUGCUGAGCGCUGAUAGCAAACCCAGUGCUCCGGGGGGGGAUAAGAGGCAAGGUGGCGGGAAGAAGGAGGCUCGGGCGGCGUAUGAGACCCACACCUUGGAUGCAGUGUCGCUGUUGCUGUCUAUCUAUGAGCAAGAGAGGCUGCUUGAACCUCAUGGUUCGUCGGCGUACAGGCUUGCGGUGUUGAAUUACAACGCGUUCCGCAGGGCGGAGGGAGCGGUGAAGUAUGCAUUGCUGGCGUUGGAGCAAUUCCUAGUUGAGGAGGGCGCGAAUUCCGUGGGUGUGAGGGAGAUGGUUGCAUUGUUGGAUGACCCUGAGGCGCAUUGGAGCUGGGGCAAAAGAAUUUAG